AUGACCGCGGGGCUGAGCGAUAACUGGGACGACGCGGAGGGGUACUACCGCGCGCGCAUGGGCGAGGUUCUCGACGAGCGGUACAGGGUCAUGGAGACGAGCGGGAGAGGCGUGUUCAGCACCGUCGUGAAAGCGAAAGAUCUCAAGGCGGAGCCGUCGACCGGCGAGGACGGAGACGUCGUCGGCGAGGGGCAAUACUCCGAGGUCGCGAUCAAGGUGAUCCGCGCGAACGAGACGAUGUACAAGGCUGCGCAGCUGGAGAUGACCGUGCUCAGGAAGCUGUGCGGCACGGACCCGGAGAACAAGCGUCACUGCGUGAAGUUUUUGCGACACUUUGAAUUUCGCGACCACGUCUUCAUGGUGUUCGAAUCCAUGCACAUGAACCUCAGAGAGGUCCUGAAGAAGUACGGACGGAACGUCGGUAUCAACGUCCACGGCGUGCGGUCGUUCGCGACGCAGAUGCUCGUCGCCCUGAAGCACUUGAAGAACUGCGGCGUCGUGCACGCGGACAUCAAGCCGGAUAACAUCCUGGUGAACAAGUCGCACAACGUCAUCAAGAUUUGCGACUUUGGCAGCGCGAUGUUCGACGGCGACAACGAGAUCACGCCGUAUCUCCAAUCGCGUUUUUACCGCGCCCCGGAGGUUAUCCUAGGCCUGCCGUACUCGCACCCGAUGGACCUGUGGAGCAUCGGGUGCUGUCUAUACGAGCUCUACACCGGCGCGAUCGCGUUUCAAGGACGCUCGAACAACGAGAUGAUGAUGAAGUUCAUCGAGGUGAAAGGCCCGGUGCCGAGGAAGUUACUCCGGAAGGCCGCGUUCCGGGAGAACCACUACGACAACGACGGGAUGUUCUCGCUCGUGGAGGAAGACCCGGUGACGAACCGGCAGAUUAGGCGGUUGAUACGAGACGCGAAGCCGACGAAGGACGUCGCUGUGACGCUCGCCGCGCACGAUAGAAAUUUAGGAGAGGCGGAGCGAAGGAAAGUGUCGCAGCUCGCGGACAUGCUGGACAAGAUGUUCAACUUCGAUCCGGAGAAGCGCCUCACGGUGUCGCAGGCUCUGACGCACCCGUUCAUUAAAGAGUCCCCGGGGACGAAGUGA